AUGGGCGACAACUACGAACCUCUCGAUUCCCCACUUCUGAAUGGCGGUGCUCCCCCUCCCCCGCCCAACCCCGGAUUCGGAGGUCCACCCCCGCCCCCACCCCCACCUCCGCCUCCACCGCCGCCACCACCACCGCCAGGUGGAGUGGUCACCAACAGUCUUCAGCCAGACAAGUCCGGAGUGGAGAGCGAACCGAGAUCAAAAACCGAAACCUGCCAAUCGACCGGCGAGUAACUUAUGAUGAUUUAUAGACCGUUAAUGAUGUCAUUUUCCUAGAUUUUUACAACUUUUUCCAUGUAUAACGUGAUAGGAAACAAAGAGAAACUACUGAUCCCGCACAAACUAAACUUUAGGCCACUGACUGCCCUUUCUGGGACAUUGUCUUCUAUUUCAUUGAUGUUUUCCAUGAUAAUUUAAUUAUUUUAGCUGCCAAAACCGCUGCUACACCAGCAAAAUCCGGCAAGGCGGGUCAGAAGAAGAACAACAAGGAGUCCCAGGACACCGGUGUUGAGCCCAAUCCCAAGAGGAAGAAAUGCAUUAUCAUCUCUGCCGUCUUCAUGGUCAUCUUCUUGCUUGGACUUGGCGCCUCGACUUAUCUUCUGUUGGCUGGCAUGGCUAUGAUCUGA